CUGGGUAUGAGGCUCUGACCCGAACCCCUGAGGAGGCAGAGAGACAGGCAGACAAGUCUAGUAGGGUGGGGAACCUUCCAUGUGCCAUCACCCUUUGUGAGCCUAGCUCCGGAGAUCCGGGGUCCAUUCCUGGUAAGAAUAUGGUGAGUGUGAAAGAUAGGGGUCUGAUAAGGGAUGGGCCCAGCAGUCAGGAGCUGGGGCUCCCUGCUCUCUGUAGGGGCCUCAUGGUGCUGAGUCACCCAUGAGCAGGCAGGAAGAGAAGGAUGCAGAGCUGGAUCGGAGGAUAGUGGCCCUUCGAAAGAAGAACCAGGCCUUACUCCGCAGGUACCAGGAGAUCCAGGAAGACCGUUGGCAGGCGGAACAGGGGGGCAUGGCUGUGACUGCACAGGAAUUCCUCCGACCUGAUGGCCUCACUGUCACUAUCAGCCAGGUUCCCGGUGAGAAGCGGGUGGUCAGUCGGAACUGGGUAAGAUCACCCAGACCUGGAGCAGCCAAUGAGAUGCGUGAGGAUGAGGAGGAUCGCACCGGUACUUUCUGCCUGGGGGACCGGGUGGAGCUGGCUGUGACCAUGGAGAACAAAGCUGAGGCCAAGAGGGUCGUAAGUGAGAAGCCCAGCAAAGCAAGGAAUCAGGGGGCAGGAGAGUCACCUGGAGGGGGCUUGGGCUGGACCCCCUCCAUGCAGAUGGCCGUCAGCUCGGAUUCGGCCCGGAAGGGUGCUCGGGAGCCCCAGGGUCCAGGCCUGGUCCCAGGCCCGCCUCCCCACCGGCCAGUGGGGGGACCCCCGGAGGUGGGCUGGGACUACGCCCAGUGGAAGCAAGAGCGGGAACAGAUAGACCUGGCCCGCGUGGCCAGGCACAGAGAUGCACAGGGUGACUGGCGCCGCCCAUGGGACCUGGACAAGGCCAAGCCCACGCUUCAGGACUCCAGCAAGCCUUGGGAAGAGGGCCCAGCCAGGGCAGGCGGCACCAGGGGUUCCAGGAGCCACCGGAAGCUUCAGCCCCCACCCUUAUCCCUUGAUGGUAAAGGUGGUACUGCUCGGGGUGGGCAAUCCAGCAGAUCCUCAGGGGUGUCCGCCACACGGAGCAAAGCCCGGGGGACAGAGAGGCUGACUGGCAGGGCCCGCAGGUGGGAGACGAAGGAAGGCAAGGAGGAGCUGAGGAGCCAGGAGGGAAGCCAAAGUUCCAGAAAGACUUGGAGCGAGGAGGAACAUUCACAGAAGCAGAGCCAGACGGAGCUGAGCAGACUCACAAGUGCCCCAGCAACCAGCCCAGCCCGGGUAUCCCCAGAGGGGCCAAAAACGGAGCCAGGAGCCUCGAUAGUCAGUCCAGAACCUGCCUCUCCACAAAAUACUGACUUGGUUCCCCUUGACCUUUCUCUGGGACGGGCCAGUAGCCCUGGGCCUGGGGAGAGUGUGUGUGUCCUCCCCACAAGGCCCAGAGCCCAGGAGAACCCUGUGCCUCAGCCUGAUGGUUCUGAGCAGCUCCUGGGGUGGAAUGACCCCCAGGCUGAGUUGGAAGUACAAACUUGCUCCAACCCACAGGGAGGAGCAGGUUCUCUAGAGCCCAGAGAAGACAGGGCUGGCAAGGCUGGGGCCCAGCAGGGCUUGGCACAACGGAGCAGGCCCACCAGGGGAAUGGGCCGAAGGGCAAGGGGCACAGGAGGUGUGGGAAGCAGGCCAGGGGGUCCGGGCCCUGCAGGAAGAUGCUGAGCACAGUCCCUGGGAACAAAGGGGCCAGGCUGGGCAGAGGAGGAGGGAAGAAUGUGGUCAGGACUCAUGUGUGGUGGGUUUCUGGUUGCUGGUGGUUUGUGGAAGUCCAGCUGAGCAGCUGGGCAAACUCUCCAGUGGGGUAACACUGUGAGGGCAAAGAGCUGCCCUUGUGUACCUCAUGGGCACACCCCUGGGUGCCUCCCUAUGUAUGGGUGUGUUUUCACCUGCAGGUAAAGCUUGUGAUGUAUCCCUACAUCACACAUGGUCUCUGAGGCUGUUAAACCCAGUCCUGGGUCUGAUGCUGCCCAGGCCACAAGCUUCCCUGCCAUGGCAAGAAAGCAAGGCCUGGAAACACUCA